UUGACCUACUUCUAACUCAUCGCAGCGUAUUAAGAGCCAUUUUAGCUUUUUUGUUCAAAUUUCUACUAGGAAAUUGGCAAAUGGCUAGCUAGAAUGCCGCAAACACUUUGUAUUGACUCGCUAUGUAUUUUUUGAGUGUUAUAGUCUUUUUAAUAUUGAUCUUAAGUUUUGUUUUAUGAUUGAGUUGAGUACAUCCAUUUAAUUCAGAUGAGAGAAGCAAAUCACUGGCUACACUUUAUCAUUUUAAAUUAUUUUCAAAAUGUGGUUCUAUGUGUUGGUGUUGACACUAGCCUCUUUUGACUCUGUGCGGAGUUGCACAGAAGAGAUGCUAAAAAAUAACCCGGAAAGUACCUGCAAGGAAUGUCCAGCAGGCUUUCACAUUGAAAAAGGAACCUCCAAAUGCAUAAAAUGUAUUGCGGGCAAAGAAUUCGCUGCAAUACGAAAUUAUGAUGUAGCUUGUAAACGCUGUAAAGCAUGUGAUGAAAGAGCCUCUCAAAUGGUGGUGAAGAGUUGUGAGCCCAAGAGUGACACUGAAUGUGGCUGCAUGAAGAGUUACUACCCAAAGAAAUCCAGACAUAGUUUGCAAUGCUUCAAAUGUCAAACUAAAGACUGUUCAAACUAUUCAGAAUGUACUGGCACCCCCUGCACCAGUACUACGACUCAGAGACUCCCAACCUUGACACCCAACCCCAGCAUCAUUCCAACAGGUCCAGACCAUUAUCCCCUUCUGACCAUCGGGUAUGUCUUUGUGGUUGUCCUGGUGACCACUCUGUUAAUUGCCGGUCUCCUUGUCCUGACUAAGGGUGGAUGGAUGGUACAUGGCUGUUGUGCGACCCCUGAAAAGGACCUUGAGUUGCCUACAAGGGACACAUCAGCCAACGGUCAGCCAAAUGGCCCAACAUCACUGACACUGAAUAUUACUCAAGGGAUUCCCAUGACGACAUUCUCUCACAGUGCUGCCAAGACGGAGUAUCACACCCUUGUCACACCCCUGUUGCAAGGCAGAGAGCCCAGAAUCCCUCGACAGGAGACCCAGGAGGAGCGCUGGCCCGCCAAGGUGUUGUACGCCAUCAUCAAGGAGGUGCCUCUGCGGCGCUGGAAGGAGUUCCUGCGCCUGCUCUCUUUGCCCGACCGACAUCUGGAGCGUGUGGAUCUGGAGCCGGGCCUAGGCUCCAUGGAACGGCAGUACCAGAUGCUGCGGCUGUGGAGCCAGGGCCCGGCUGCAGGCCUGGAGGAUGUCUACUCUGCUCUGCUCUACAUGGACCUGGCCGGCUGCGCCCACCAGCUGCAGGACAGCCUGGAGCAGCUGUAAGCGCUCCAGUCGAUAGCCCCAACCAAUGACAUCACUGCAGAGAACCACAGAGUCUGGAGGCUUACUUAGCCCGUGUCACAUCACCCCAGCACCACCACAUAGGAUUGUGGAGGCUGCUGGGACAUCACUUAUGACUUCACCCCAGAAUAAGAUCAUACCCAGAUGUGAAUAUGACAUCAUGACAGCAUCAUAAGACCAUGAAGGCUGUUCUUUUCUUCUUCUUUUGAAAUAGAUUUGAGUCUUUUUAUAUUUUAUUUACAGUAAUUCACGAAUGAGAAUGAGAGACUGAUGGAGAGAGUGAAUUAGACAUAGAUCAAACCCCCACCACCAAGGACCAUGUGACAUCAGGAGUCGGCAGUUCUACCACUACUAUAGUCACCGGUGCCCUCACCCACCGAACUGUAAAUAUGAUGUCACCACCUGGACUGUAGUCUUCCUGUUCAAGUCCCACUUCAGAGACUGGUUACCUGCAGGGUUUGGCAGGUUACUUUCUAAAUGUAAUCCGUUACAGUUACUAGUUACCUGUCCAAAGUUGUAAUAAUUAAAAAC